AUGCCGCCCUCAGAUAUUCGAGUUGAACCAAUCACUGAUCCCGACGACUUCACGGCAGCGUUCAAAGCCGUCGCUAACGCAUUUGGCCACCAAACACAUGAUGCCAUCUGGAUUGCCUUCAACCCAGGUUGGGAUACCCCCGAGGGUGAGAGAGUCGGUAUUCAACGUCUAGUUGAUCGCUUUUCACACAUCGCCACGAACCGGGACGGCCAACCCAACACCAUCUUUGUAAAAGCCACCAUCGACAACACCAUCGCUGGCCUCGCGAUAUGGGAGCAAGCUUCUGUUGUUCCAGGCUAUGGCAAUCCCCCCAGUGAUCUUGAAUCAUCGGGCUAUUUCAAGAAGCUGUACCCUGGGAACGAAAAGGAGCAGAGAUUUCUUGCUCAGGCGGAUAAGUCACUCUUUGGGCGACGAAUCGAGAUCAUCAACGAGAAAGCCGAGGCAUCUCCUCCUGCAGUUUUUGUAAUGGAUCUUUGUGCUGUUGAUCCCAAGUUCCAGAAAAGGGGGCUUGCGUCUAGGAUGGUGCAAUAUGGCCUUGAUGAGGCCAAGAGAAGGAAUCUGGAGUGCAUUACUGAAGCAUCCACCAUGGGAAGGUCGGUGUAUCUGAAGUUGGGCUUUAAGCAAGAAGGCUCUGAGACGGUUUACAACAUGGAUGAUGAGUUCAAAGAUAGGGACCUGCCAUCCAAUGUCGUUCUAAGAACCGGCAUCUAG